AUGAAGCGCAAAGCUGCAUUCCAGCUGCCUCAUACCCCCCGACGCGCUCCGCGGCAGGACCCCGUGUCUUGCGACUCUUGUCGGCUCAAGAAGAUUAAAUGCGAUCGCCAGCAGCCAUGCAGCAGUUGCUCUGCGCGCCGGUUGACAUGCCGUUAUGGAAAGCCAGAAGCUGCAGGUACCGCAAGGGUUCAAAAACCACUAUUAGCAGCUGGUGUGGAGCGGACAUCCCCUCCCAGUAACCCAACUGUGCCUCCAAGAGCCGAUAACGUGCCUAUUGAGCCCACUGCAGCUCCAUUGCGGGCGUGCAAUCGGGAGUCGCUGCUCACAGCGGACUGGCUGGAGAACAUUCACAUGGCUGACCGGGUACCAACAGCAACCCCAAAAUGGCUGCGAGAUGGAUUGGAUGAUCCAGUAAGAGGGCGCAACUUAAACUUAAGCCUAAACGAUGAGACGGGUUCUGCAAGACCCCUACUGUCAAUGCCAUACAUGAAUCGAUCCGCUAUCGAUGAGAAUCCGGCGUCGAUCAAUUUGAUCACCUUUGUACCCGCGAAAUCGGAGGCUCUGGAUCUCUUUCGAUACUAUCAUCGUUACGUCGACUAUCUCUACCAUAUCAUCGUCCCAAAGCGUGUCGAGGGCCAGAUAAAUGGGAUUUAUCGUUGUAUUGAAAGCAAUGCGCCCGUGGAUCUCAACCACUUGGCGCUGCUUUUCGGCAUUCUAGCCAGCUCUCUAUGUCUACAACGAUCAGUGGUGGCAUCUACUGAUGCAGAAGCGCGCAGCCAAGAGUUUGCCUUUCUCACUGGCGCUGCAUUAAUUCAAAGCCACUACUCUCUGUCUCCAACUCUUGUGGGCUUGCAGGCAACCAUGGUGGUCAUGCAUAAUGUCUCUAACUGGAACAUUCCACCAUCCGUGAGCGGUCUCUUCGUACAUGAUCUUGAAGUCAAGAGACGACUAUGGUGGGAUCUGACGUCUUUCGACUGGCUACUGGGCUUUCUUACUGGCCCUCAAGAGUGGACGUACCUCAUCCAGCCGCACCACAUGAACGUGAACCAGCCAUUGAAUAUCGAUGAUAAUGCAAUGUGCCACAACAUGGUUUCAAUGCCAAACUCCACACCAACAGACAUGUCCUUUUUCCUUCAACGCCUGACCCUAGCUGCUGUGAGCCGGGAGGUAGUUGAUGCAACAUCCUACGAGCAUCUCCAUGGCUUAGAGCCAAUUUACGAAAAAAUACUCGAGCUAGACAAAAAGUUCCAUCGAGCCGUGGCGGAGAUUCCUGACUUCUUCCGCCUGGAUCCAUCAUCCAGACGACGGUUUGCUUCGCUCUACGAAGAGCGUCCGACCAUUGCCUGGCAAGGCUGUCUCCUACAACAAGGCUUCUUCUCCCGCUUAUGCCGUCUGCAUCGAGAUUUCUUCAUCAGAGGAGCUCGUGAACCAGCAUAUUCCUAUUCCCACGUGAUCUGCCUGCAGUCUGCCCGGAAAGUGCUCGAGAUUAAAAGAAUCAUGGAUGGAAACGAACCGAACUACACCCCACCGAACUCUGUCGUCUGGUCCGUAAUGCAUCAUGUAUUCGCUGCUGCUGUGAUAUUAUUACUGGACGUGUGCUUCAAUUGGGAUGAUAUUCUAGCCGAGAAGCGAAAAGAAGAAGUGCUGGAUGCCUGCCGCAUGCUGAGCAAGGCACAAGAGUCGUCUGCCCUGGUCAGGGAAGGAAUCAACGCAAUGAUGGGUGUGUUGCAAAAGCAUUGGAGAACCGGAAAGCAGGCUGAAAAUCACACUAUUACUUCACAAGGGGCGGAUGGAGCGCGAUCUCAUCCUGGCUCUGCACCGGCUCAUGUCCCAGCUCUCAAUGCUGAAUCAAACGUCAUGCCGCCACACCUCCCAGCUGCCACCAAUGACAAUGCACCUCAUGAGAGGCAGCUGGAAGAUAUCUGGACCGAGAUGCUUGAGACGGGUAACGACCUGGCUCUGGAUUCUGCAGACUGGACGGAACUGUUGAAUGAGCUGACAGACCCGGAGCUAUCUCGAGGAUGA